AGCCGCCCAUUCGUCGGCCGCUUUUAUGGGGAUGGCUUCUUGUUCUCCACUAAUUUGCUCCUGGCUUUGCCCAUACAACACACGAACAGCCUCUUGUCCAUCUUCACCGUGUAGGCUUGUCAGAGAGUGCACAAUUAGCAUCAACUCUUAACUGAACGGCGACUGCCCUCCGUCCGGCUUCACCCUUGCUCGCGAUAUACGUGUCACCUCGGCAUACGCAGCCGCCGACCUUCACAGUACAACAUUAGAUUCAUCGUAUAUAGAUCCUAUAUAGUAUCCUGCUCGCAAUGCCUUCCGCUUCAAAUGGUUGGAAGCCAUCUACGUCGCCCGUAGGUGAAGGCCUCACUGCACCUAGAACGCCCGAGCAAUCGACAAGCUCCUUGGCCGCCACUUCCCCCUCCUCUUCCACCUUCCCUCGGCCAAAAAAGCUCAGGUCGAGGACAUCGACCAUGACCAACAUCUACACUCCCCCUCUUCCGCCCGUCAUGUCACGCGAAAAUUCUGCAGAAGAUGUCCGGGGAGAGUACGGUCAAGAUUCAUAUCGUCCUCCGCCGGGUACUCUUCUUCCGUCAGCACACGGCCGCCGAGCUUCCAAAUCGGUGUCAUCUGUUCGGCCGAGUGUAGUUGUCACUCCUUCGAAAUACUACACGCCUCAAACGCACAAUCAAAUCUCUUUUGUCAAUACGCCAAAUUCCAACACCGGCAAUGGUGUUAUGGACAGUCCCGAGGCGGAUAAAAAGAAUAUGCUUAAGAGGCGAACAUCGACGCCGAGUUUGUUUAAGCGUGCUACUCGAGGUGACGAAGACGAAGAGGACGAAGGGUUGCGAGGCAAAUUGAUGUCAAAGGAAGAGCCUCAGCAAUCCCAACUGUUGCAGCAGCAGCAAAGAUCUGAAGUGAGAGCGAGGUCAACGUCUACCAGUGUGGUCGUUCCUCAGACCCAAGGCCUGACUGAGCACUCCACUUACACUUCCAACCCUAUUCGCCCUUCGAUGCCACCCAGUUCAUUUACCCAACAACCCCCUCCACCUCGUCCAUGGUCCCCUGGACCUGCUAGUCCUAGUUCACAUGUCGAAGGGGCCUCACAUGAAAGAUCUUCCGGUUUCCUGUCGUCGGCUUACAACUACACCGAAUCAGGCAUUGUGCAACUGUUCAAUUAUGUUCGACCUUCUUCCUUUUCACAUCAUUCAUAUGCUCGACAUGAACCUUCCGAUGUUGAUUCCGAAAAAGGUCUGAACGGUUCCGAAGACGAAACGGAGGAAAGCAGCGUUAGCUACUUUACUUUACCACCUACCCCUCCCGAACAAUCCGAAUUCUCGUCCUUUGCCUCUGCCUUGCCAUCAGACUCUCUCCCCACCCCGACACUCUCCACACAAUCGCUGUCUCGAGACGAACCAAAACGUGGCAAACUACGCAGGGCAUUUCGUAGACGAUCCGGAUUGGAAGGUGAUAACGGGAAUGGAUUGUUGUCUGCUGUUUGGAGCAAGGUCAUGGGAAGUGGGGGUGGGAAUGGCAAAUUGAGCGAAGUGCUGAGAGAUUUGGGCUGGAUUGUUGGAGUAUUGGCAUUGACUUUUGUGGUGACGCUUGGAAUUGUGAUUUGGCUGAUCCAGGGGAUGCCCAUCACCACGCUGAAGCACAUUCCUCAAUCGACUACCGAUGUCCAACUGCUGUCGGCUGAGAUUCGAGGUUACAUGGCUUCCAGCAGUUAUGGAUGGUGGCAUACAGUUGGAGUAUUGACCUUUGUUGGAUGCUGGAAGCAUGCCUGGAGUGUCCCUGGAGCUGUCGUCUUGAACAUUCUGGUUGGAUCUCUCUUGGAACCCAUGCCGGCCCUUGGUCUUUUGACGAUUAUCACCGCGUCCGGCUCUCUUGGUGCUUACCUCCUCUCCCGCCCGCUCGCCCCUCUUAUCGCCGUCCUCUUCCCUAAACCUCUUGCCCUCGUUCGGGCCGCUCUCGCUCCCGAGUCUAUCCCCGCUCCAGAUUCUGUUGAACCAACACUCAAUGAAACGAUCACCCCUAUUCAAGCAUCUUCCGACCCUUCUGCACAAGCUAUUGGCGGUCCUACUGAAGCAUCUACCAUCUGGCGAAGGCUGCUGGUCAUGCGUGCGAUGGGCUUUGUUCCUUGGAGUGGUAUGAACGUUGCGUGUGGUGUAGUAGGCGUUGACUGGAAAGUAUUUUGGCUCACGACCGCAGCGGGAAGUGCGAGUUGGAGUUAUGUCACUGCUAGUGUCGGGAAUAUCUUGUCGAGGCUCAAGGUGCCCAACUCGGCUAUCUCUGCAGCACCGGGGGAGAUGACUGGGGAGAGUUUGACGAGUCUGUUGAGAGACCCGGUGUUGAUCACCAAACUUGUCUUCCUUUCGGGUUUGACUCUCUUACCUGUCAUCCUUAAACGCCGAUCACCAGCUUCCCCAUCACCCACUCCCCGCUCCACUUCGUCAUUCGAGCUUUCGGAACUGCCUACUUCAUCCUCUGCCUCUUCAUCUAGACCUCUCAAUCCCAAGAUCAACACCCUCCGUCUUUCAGGGCUCGAUAACCAACCCAUGUCACCACUCUCCCAGAGUUUGGCCAAGUUCACCCCCACGCCUCGCAUAUUUGACCUUCUCAGUUUUGGACGGAUAGCGGUGAGGCAGAGUGGAAGGAUUGUCGUCGGUGGCGUAAGGAGUGUGGUUGGAGGAGUGAGGGGGGCUGUGAGGAGUGUGACGCAACAAUAAGCAUAUUCUUUUCUUUUUUUUUUCCGGUUCAUCAGUGUAUCUCAUAUACUCAUCUUGUGUUAUUACUAUCUCAAAUUCGCUGUAGGCGUUUAUCUGGAUUUGCUCUAGCAUAGUACAGUGAUAAUCUUUUACAGAGCUCUUUCAUCACUGGAACGAUUUUUCAUGUAGAUUAGUCGGAAUGAAUGUCU